CAUAAUUAUGAUAGUAUCUCAAAAUUAUGAUUUACAGGAUCUUAAUUUUUUUAUCACAGUGGCGGAAACGGGCUUCCAUACAUCACCUUUCGGAAACACCUCGCCACCUUUUUUUCAGCACUGAAUCACCUGCAGUCUUAAUUUGUUCCCCAGUGACGUGCCGAGAAUGUCCUACAUGCCUUCAUAUUGUUUGUCUCCAAAUCAUCAUUGAAACUAUUGCAUGAGUAAUGUGCACACUUGCAUUUCACAAUACAAUAGUCCCCUAAUAUUGUUACAAUAAAGAAAUAACGUGCAUGCACGUCAUUGUCAUCAAUCUAAAUGACGUGUGUGAGGGAGGGAGGAAAGGAGGGAGGGAAGGAGGGAGGGGGGUUGAACGCAUGGGUUGGUGAGUGAAGCAGGGACUCUGUUUAAAGAGGGAACCGAAGCCUCUCCUGCGACACAAGACUGACCCAAAGCAUCUUUUACAACGCCGGCAUUUACCAAAACUCUUCUAACGGGAAGAAAAGAGCCAGUAAGCUCACAGGAUUUAAAACCCUGUCCUCAGCCGAGGUGGAGCCCAGCUUGACCCUCCUGUGCAGCGCAGACCGGCCGACGUGCUCUGUUAGUUUGAAGCGACCAUGCUCUGGAGGUUGACCCUGGCCGUGGCCGUGGUGUGUGCCGGCGGCGUGUGCCGCUGUGUGAAGGCGGACCUGAUGGGCAGGUCGAUGCUACCGAGGGACUCCGGGGUGAAACUGUGCGGCAGAGAGUUCAUCAGAGCCGUCAUCUUCACCUGCGGCGGCUCCCGGUGGAAGCGAUCCACCCUGGGGGACACGGAUCCCUUCCAGUGGAGUUCCCUCAGUGACGUCUCCGUGCAGGACAAGCAUCACGCCUGGCAAACCGGCCCAGAGCUCCCAGAAGAUGACCGUUCUGCUCUGGGCUCCUCCCUGGCAGACCUCCUGGCUCUGUACGGCGCCCGAGGAGACGGGAAGCAGCCGCCGCCGCCGACGACUCACUCGGCCCGUCGGCCGUCUCACGCGGUGACGGGCGAGCGAGACGGGAACCGAGAGGUGGCGGCCGGGCGCACACGCGGCAAGCAGAAGAGGAACUUUUCUCUGGGUGUGGCAGGAAAGUGCUGCAACCACGGCUGCACCAAGAACGACAUCGGACGCGUGUGCUGA